GAUAGAUAGGGUCUGAGAUGUUUGAAGAGAAUGAACAGUGGUCAAACGUAGACAUGUGAUCUGGUUCCCGUCCUAAAUGCCUCGUGCAACCUGGCCUAUAACAUGCCGACAUAGUCACGUUACAAGGUGACCUCUACGAGCUUGACCUCGAGGAAGUCAGCAUAUCUUCCAAAGACGUGCUUGUGCGACGACGACCGAAAGCCGAGCCGUCUUCUCCGAUACCUCCGAGCUCAAUGCGCGUCAUCACAUCGCGGAAGCCUUCCGAGCAUCUGAUAAUUUCCCCAGACUUUCAACUCAACUUCCAAACUCUAACACCACACCAUGUCUGUGGCUUUGUUACACCUGUCAAAGGCUCGAGCACCUUGUAUACGUGCUCUUCGGUCAUACUCGACCACGAUUUCACGCUUCCAAGCGCCCAUCCAGUCCAUAUCCUACACAGAAUCAUGCCCAUCGCCAACAUGCGCAUGCGCCCCCGCGCCUUCCAACCUCGACAUUGACCGCAAGACACCACUGCUUAAUACCAUGGCGCCGUAUACUGAGCAGGUGCUCUUGUGCACAGGGAAAGAGGAUUGGACGAGCAACCUUGAGGACGACGAGGGCGCCACAGCGGAUUUCGUGAAAGGACUGAAGGGCGUGAUAGGGAAGGGAGGCGAGGCGUUUGAUCCGUUCACCAACGUCUUGAUUACUGCGAGUUCAUUACCGGCGACUGAAACUCCCAACUCCACAACAGCAUACCUAUUGCCAAGCUUCCAGCGCAUAAACGCGAUACCGCACACCCCAACUGCCUUCUCCGCAUUCGCAACUGCAUACCUCAAAGCUCCAAAGCUACACCCCAUGCACGAUGGCCUCUCGCCCACCCAAAAAGCCGCCUUAACACGCGACACAUCGAAAGCCACUCUCCUACCCACGCCCGAACCCAUCACCAAGCCUACAAUACUGAUUUGCGGACACGGCGGCCGCGAUCAACGGUGCGGCAUCCUCGGUCCCAUUCUGCAAAGCUCUUUCCGCAAAGAAUUCGAAAAGAGGGGGAUAGAAGCAGAAGUCGCGCAAAUCAGUCAUAUUGGAGGGCACAAGUACGCUGGCAAUGUCAUUAUAUACCUACCUCCGAGUUUGGAGGGGAAUGCGUUGAGGGGGAGUGGGAUAUGGUAUGGGAGGGUGGGACCGGAGCAUGUCGAGGGUGUGGUUGAAGAGACGGUGAUAAAGGGGAGGAUUGUGGGGGAGUUACUGAGAGGUGGUGUGACGAAGGCUGGAGGGAAUAUCGGGCGGAUCGUUGAGGCUCAACUAAAGGCAGAGAGAGGUGAGGACGAAGGGACGGGGAGGUUGAGGCUCAGGCCCCGGGCGAGGGCUUAACAAGAUAUUCAGAGGGUGAGGCUGA